CCUCCGCGGUGGAUACGUCGCCAUCUUGGAUCCGCGGGACAAGAAAAUUCAUGCGAGGGAGAACUGGUGGGCGGUCCUUCCUGUGACACGACCCUUGAGUGACAGUUCUAUUUGAUUGCCUCCAGUACUGUGAGGAAAGGACACGACUCUAUGGUGAGGACUGAUGGACAUACAUUAUCUGAGAAAAGAAACUACCAGCCUCCAGCUCUGAGCUUUCCAAUCCCCAGAAUAGCAAAUGUUGAAAGAAGUUACUCAGGUGACAAACAGCAUGUUUGGUGCUUCAAGAAAGAAGUUUGUAGAGGGGGUCGACAGUGACUACCACGAUGAAAACAUGUACUACAGCCAGUCUUCUAUGUUUCCACAUCGGUCAGAAAAAGAUAUGCUGGCAUCACCAUCUACAUCAGGUCAGCUGUCUCAGUUUGGGGCAAGUUUAUACGGGCAACAAAGUGCACUAGGCCUUCCUAUGAGGGGGAUGAGCAACAAUACCCCUCAGUUAAAUCGCAGCUUAUCACAAGGCACUCAGUUACCGAGCCACGUCACGCCAACAACAGGGGUACCAACAAUGUCACUUCACACGCCUCCAUCUCCAAGCAGGGGUAUUUUGCCUAUGAAUCCUAGGAAUAUGAUGAACCACUCCCAGGUUGGUCAGGGCAUUGGAAUUCCUAGCAGGACAAAUAGCAUGAGCAGUUCAGGGUUAGGUAGCCCCAACAGAAGCUCGCCAAGCAUAAUAUGUAUGCCAAAGCAGCAGCCUUCUCGACAGCCUUUUACUGUGAACAGUAUGUCUGGAUUUGGAAUGAACAGGAAUCAGGCAUUUGGAAUGAAUAACUCCUUAUCAAGUAACAUUUUUAAUGGAACAGAUGGAAGUGAAAAUGUGACAGGAUUGGACCUUUCAGAUUUUCCAGCAUUAGCAGACCGAAACAGAAGGGAAGGAAGUGGUAACCCAACUCCGUUAAUAAACCCCUUGGCUGGAAGAGCUCCUUAUGUUGGAAUGGUAACAAAACCAGCAAAUGAGCAAUCCCAGGACUUCUCAAUACACAAUGAAGAUUUUCCAGCAUUACCUGGUUCCAGCUAUAAAGAUCCAACAUCAAGUAAUGAUGAUAGUAAAUCUAAUUUGAAUACAUCUGGCAAGACAUCUUCAAAUACAGAUGGACCCAAAUUCCCUGGAGAUAAAAGUUCAACAACACAAAAUAAUAACCAGCAGAAAAAAGGGAUCCAGGUGUUACCUGAUGGUCGAGUUACUAACAUUCCUCAAGGGAUGGUGACGGACCAAUUUGGGAUGAUUGGCCUGUUGACAUUUAUCAGGGCAGCAGAGACAGACCCAGGAAUGGUGCAUCUGGCAUUAGGAAGUGACUUAACAACAUUAGGCCUCAAUCUGAACUCUCCAGAAAAUCUCUACCCCAAAUUUGCAUCACCCUGGGCAUCUUCACCUUGUCGACCUCAAGACAUAGACUUCCAUGUUCCAUCUGAGUACUUAACGAACAUUCACAUUAGGGAUAAGCUGGCUGCAAUAAAACUUGGCCGAUAUGGAGAAGACCUUCUCUUCUAUCUCUAUUACAUGAAUGGAGGAGACGUAUUACAACUUUUAGCUGCAGUAGAGCUUUUUAACCGUGAUUGGAGAUACCACAAAGAAGAACGAGUAUGGAUUACCAGGGCACCAGGCAUGGAGCCAACAAUGAAAACCAAUACAUACGAGAGGGGAACAUAUUACUUCUUUGACUGUCUUAACUGGAGGAAAGUAGCUAAGGAGUUCCAUUUGGAAUAUGACAAAUUAGAAGAACGGCCUCACCUGCCAUCCACCUUCAACUACAACCCUGCUCAGCAAGCCUUCUAAAAAGACUUCCCUUUUCUUGGGGUAUGGCUGUCUCAGCACAAUACUCAACAUAACUGCAGAACUGAUGUGGCUCAGGCACCCUGGUUUUAAUUCCUUGAGGAUCUGGCAAUUGGCUUACGUAAAAGGUCACCAUUUGAGGUCCUGCCUUACUAAUUAUGUGCUGCCCAACAACUAAAUUUGUAAUUUGUUUUUCUCUAGUUCGAGCAGGGUCUGAAUUUUUUCAUUUAUUUUCCUUUUUGCCAGCAGACAGACUUGGGUCUGUAAAGACAAGCAAGUACACUGACAGAAGUUUACCAUUUAGUUUCUAAAAUGUAAAAAAGAAAACCCACAAAAGACUCAACAAAAUUAGACCACAAAAUUUGCAUUGUUCAUUGUAGCACUAUUGGUAAUAAAAUAACAAAUGUUUGUGCAUUUUUAUGUGAGGAUCCUUCUCGUAUUUCAUUUGGAAAGAUGAGCAAGGUCUGCUUCCUUCAUUUUACUUCCCCUUCUGUUUUUGAAAGGCAGUUUUGCCAAGCUUAAUGCAAGAAUAUCUGACUGUUUAGAAGAAAGAUAUUGCCACAAUCUCUGGAUGGUUUCCAGGGUUGUGUUAUUACUGAGCUUCAUCUUUCCAGAAUGAGCAAAACACUGUCCAGUCUUUGUUACGAUUUUGUAAUAAAUGUGUACAUUUUUUUUAAAUUUUUGGACAUCACAUGAAUAAAGGUAUGUAUGUACGAAUGUGUAUAUAUUAUAUAUAUGACAUCUAUUUUGGAAAAUGUUUGCCCUGCUGUACCUCAUUUUUAGGAGGUGUGCAUGGAUGCAAUAUAUGAAAAUGGGACAUUCUGGAACUGCUGGUCAGGGGACUUUGUCGCCCUGUGCACUAAAGGGCCAGAUUUUCAGCAGCCAAGGACAUCCAUACCCAAGUGAAUGUGAUGGGACUUAAAGAAGUGAACUGAGACAAUUCACUCUGGCUGUUUGAACAGCAGCGUUUCAUAGGAAGAGAAAAAAAGAUCAAUCUUGUAUUUUCUGACCACAUAAAGGCUUCUUCUCUUUGUAAUAAAGUAGAAAAGCUCUCCUCA